GUGCAGGAGGCGGGACAUCGAAGAGCCAAUCACAGCACAGUUUGUUGUCUCUCUUUAGCUCGCUACAGCCCUCAGGUGGAACAGCUCAUUACAGGGAAGCAGAUGAUGUGUGUAUGAGUGAGUGUGUAUAUGGGUGUGUGUGUGUGUGUGUGUGUGUGUGUGUGUGUGUGUGUGUGUGUAUGUAUGUAUGUAUGAAUGAGUGAGUGAGUGAGUGUGUAUAUGGGUGUGUGUGUAUGAGUGUGCGUGCGUGAGUGAGUGAGUGUGAGAGUGUGCAGCAGGAUGUUGGGCGAGGUGGUAUCCCCACGCUGCAGGGACAUUGAGAGGAAGGCAGGGUACAUGCGGCCGGAGGAGUGUGCCUUUCCCCCGUCGGUCCCAUCGGCGCUCCCCUCGGGCCGGUGGUGUAUACGGGAUGUGUGUGGUGUGGUUUGUGCGGUUCUCACCUGGUUCCUGGUUCUGUACGCUGACUUUGUGGUGAUGUUCGUCGUGCUGCUGCCUGUGAGGAACGCUGUGUACAGCGUGCUCAACGCCACCCUGUUCAACACCCUCGCUGUGCUGGCGCUCACUUCACACAGCCGUGCCAUGUGCACCGACCCCGGGGCCGUGCCGAAGGGAAAUGCCACUAAAGAGUACAUAGAGAGUCUGCGCCUGAAACCAGGACAGGUCGUCUACAAGUGUCCUAAAUGCUGCAGUAUCAAACCUGACCGAGCUCACCACUGCAGUGUGUGUAAGCGCUGUAUCAGGAAGAUGGACCACCACUGUCCUUGGGUGAACAACUGUGUGGGUGAAAACAACCAGAAAUACUUUGUGCUUUUUACGAUGUACAUUGCUCUGAUAUCGCUCCACGCUCUCAUCAUGGUGGGGUUCCACUUCAUCUUCUGCUUUGAGCAGGACUGGGCAAAGUGCAGCAGUUUUUCCCCCCCAACCACGGUGAUCCUUUUGAUCCUGCUGUGUUUCGAGGGACUCCUCUUCUUCAUCUUCACCGCCGUCAUGUUCGGUACCCAGGUUCACUCGAUCUGCACCGAUGAGACUGGUAUAGAGCAGCUGAAGAAAGAAGAGCGACGAUGGGCCAAGAAGUCCAAGUGGAUGAGCCUGAAGGUGGUCUUUGGACACCCGUUCUCCAUAGCAUGGUUUAAUCCACUCGCCAUGCCCGAACACGGCAAAGCAGACCCGUUCCAAUACAUCGUCUGAGCGGACCUGUCUCAAUCAAGAUGGCCUUAUUUUUUUUUAUUAGAUGGCCUUUUUUUUUUUUUCCCAGGGUGUGAUUCAGGGCAUGUCCUAAUCUUAUACAAGAAGUGCAUUUUUCUGUUUAGAUUUUUUUUCUCUUUGGGUUAUAUUUUCACACUGUAGUGUGUGUGUGAUGAGAUAUACACACCUGCAUUGUUUUUUGCGAUAGUGGAAAUGUUCACCAGUGUUUUAUUCUCACACAUUCGUACAUGCCUCAGGGGGUGAGCCUGCAGGAAAUGUGAUCAUUUUUUAAUUUUAGUCUCGAGAUAAUACCUAAAACGAGGUCAAGUGGGUGAGGAAAAGCUUCACAUUUCUCCAUACUGGAAACAUUGCCUUAAAAAUAUAUAUUUUUUCUUUUAAAAACUGUUAUCAAAUACUGCCUUUUUAAAUGGGAUGUACCAUCUCCCUGGAAUAGGGGUGAUGAUAGUUAUACACUGAGAUACACUUCUCUUUUUUUUUUCUUUUUCCUUUUCUUUUAAUGACUAUCUUUAAAUAAUGCUAUAUAUAUAUAUAUAUAUAUAUA